AUGUCGCCCCCAGACUCGUCUGGCAGCAGCCUUCCCAAGCGGCGCCGCACAGUCGAAGGCUCCUGCUGGCCCUGCAAGCAGAGGCGCGUCAAGUGUGACCUCCAGAAGCCAUGCUGCCGCCGCUGCAUCAAUUUAGACGCCCAGGACUGCAGCUAUGACAAAGUCUUGCUGCGCUGGAAGAAGCGCCCUGCCAAGCCAGUGCCCCAACCCCAGCCGCGCCUAUCUCAAGAGCACUCGCUCAACGGCCUCGACUUGGCUCUGAAUGAGCGCAAGGCCAUUGACUACUUCCGAGCCCGCCUAUGGCCUCUCUUCUCCACUCUUCCCGAGCCCUGUCCCCCUCCAGUUGCACUCGCCUUGCGCUCCCAGCCAGUCCUCCAGGCCCUAUGUGUCUUUGCCGAAGAGCACCGUGCCCUGCAAACAAAAGAAUCUCCCAAGCCCAGUCUAAGCAAAAGGCGUUUGCAAUGUCUGGCCGCCAUCCGUACCCAUCUGGGUGGCGGGGUCCCCGAGGGCAGUGCUCUCUCUGCCCUCCUCGUCGCAGUUCUCCUGCUCUACUUCCUCGAAGGCUAUGUCAACUGCACAAACGACGGUGCAUCCACCCACUGCCACUUUGCAGGACUAUUGGCCAUCAUCAACGCCCUUGGCGGCUUCCAAGCAGCAUGGACCUCAUCUGACCGGGUUACUAGGAUGCUUUUGUCCGAAAUGGCAUCUACCGACCUAACCGAUGCUUUGCUGCAGGAUAGGCCCCCUUCAUUCCCAGCGACAAUCUGGAACUUCAUGGAGCCCGGUUCUGUCUGGUGGGAGACUGUCCCCGGAAGCAGGACUCUUGGCUCCGUUUUCUCCACCAUGGCUGAGAUGAGCUUCUAUCGCCAUCAAGUUCAAAAUGGAGCAGAUUUUUGUAUGGACCAAGCACAGGCCUUUGAGCGCGCUCUCCAACCUACAUAUCCAACUCUCGACAACCCCACCGAAUCUCAGACCAGCGAGCAUGCUACCAAAACAUUAGCCCAACUCACAGUCGAAGCAUCACUUUCACUGAUAAUUGCAUUUCAACAUGCAGCACUCAUCUAUCUCUACAGUGCCAUCCACAACAUCCCGGCCAAGCACUUCCUUGUGCAGCAGCAUGUAAAAGCUUGCUUGGACUGUAUACAGGGUAUGGACCCGAGAACCAAGGCCCAAAACUGUGCUCUUUUCCCCCUAUAUGUAGCUGGCGCUCAUUCGCUUGAUGAGUCACAAAGGACGUAUAUUUCUGAGACACUGGAUACAAUUCAUAAAAAUCUGCAAUUCCAGUCUGUUGCGUCCGUGUCAGCAACUCUGGACAUGCUGUGGCAGUCAUCCCAUAGCCCUACUGGUUGGGUUGAUAGUUUCAAGGACACUGCAACAUCUACUUUAGUUAUAUGA